UUCCCAACAAUGGUAAUGGCCUUGAUAUGGAAAACUACUGUUGGACACAGACCCUCCAAGAGGUCAACAUUAAUGUACCAGUACCCAAAGGAACUAAGUCCAGGUUUGUGGUGUGUGAGAUCAAGAAGAAUCAUCUCAAAGUUGGACUAAAGGGUCAACCACCAGUGAUAGAUGGAGAGCUUUAUCAGAUUGUUAAGCCAGAUGAUUGUUAUUGGAGCAUAGAGGAUCAGAGCGUCAUCUCUAUUCUAUUGACCAAGCACAACCAAAUGGAGUGGUGGAAGUAUUUAGUUAAGGGGGAACCUGAGAUUGAUACUCAGAAGGUUGAACCUGAGAACAGCAAACUGUCUGAUUUGGAUCCAGAGACACGGCAAACAGUUGAAAAGAUGAUGGUGUGUAUUUUGAUCAUCUAUAUUUUAUCUAUUACACUUAUGAUUUAAUUGUAUCAUGGUUUU